AUGGAUCAUGCUACUAGUAACAUUAAUGGAAAAAUUUGGCUCUUUUGGAACACUGAUAUUAUUUGCACAGUGUUAGAAACUGAUGAACAACAGAUUACGUGUGAAAUUAGCCACACAGAUAUUCAGGGUACUUAUAUCAAGACUUUCGUGUAUGCUAAAUGUAAAGAUUAUCUCAGGAGGCCUCUCUGGGACAGAUUACUUCAUAUUUCUGAUAGUAGAGAUACCAUUCCUUGGUGCACAGUUGGUGACUUUAAUGUUAUAAUUGAUAUUGAUGAAAAAUUGGGUGGUAUUCCUUACAAUAUGAGAAAAAGUGUAGAGUUCAUUGGAGUUAUUGAAGCAUGUGGACUUAUGGACUUAGGUUUUAAUGGACCCAAAUUCACUUGGUCUAAUCAAAGAGGCGUCAAUUUCAGAAUUUGGAAGAGAUUGGAUAGGGCUAUGGUUAAUGAUAAGUGGUUGCAAAACAUGCCUCACACUAGCAUUACUCACCUCCCUUCUGUGGGGUCUGAUCACUGUCCAUUACUCCUGGAAAUGAAGGCAAGGCCACACAACUGCAUCAAAUACUUCAGGUUCCUUAAUUUUUGGGUUGAACAACCGUCAUUUAUAGAGACAGUCAAUGCCUGCUGGAACAGACCUGUUGAAGGAAAUCCAAUGUGGACCUUCCAUCAAAAAAUUAAGAGAUUGGCUUCUACUCUUAGAGCUUGGUCGAAGAUGCAAUUUGGUGACAUUUAUGUUAAAGUUAAGGAGUUUGAGGAAAGAGUCAAGGUGGCAGAAGACAAUCUCCUACAAAGUAACACUGAGAAGCAUAGAGAGGAACUUCAUGGUAUUAAUGCUGAAUAUAUUAGAUACAUGAAACUGGAAGACUCUAUUCUUAAACAAAAAUCUCAACUACAAUGGUUUAAAGAAGGAGACAGCAAUUCCAAAUACUUCCAUGCUUUGAUUAGAGGAAGGAGAAGAAGACUUUUUAUUCACAAAAUACUCAAUGAUGAUGAUGAAUGGAUACAAGGUGAUGAGCAUAUAGCACAGGCUGCAUGUACUCACUUUCAGCAUAUUUUUUCAGGAGAGGAAAAAAUCGUGGAUGAAAUUCCAAUGAACUGUAUUCCAAGAAUGGUUAGCCAGGAACACAAAGACAGACUGAAAGAACUUCCUACCAUUGAUGAACUUAAAGAGGUUGUUCACUCAAUGAAUCCCAAUUCAGCUGCGGGGCCGGAUGGUAUGAAUGGAUGUUUCUUCCAAAAAUGCUGGAACAUUAUCAAAAAUGACUUGAUGGCUGUAAUUCUUGCUUUUUUCAGUGGCCAGAUGAUCCCUAAAUAUUUUUCACAUGCUUGUCUUGUUCUCCUUCCCAAAGUGAAGAACCCUAACAGACUUAAUGAAUUCAGACCCAUCAGCUUGAGUAACUUCACAACCAAGAUUAUUUCGAAGCUAUUAUGUAUCAGAUUAACUCCUAUAUUACCUACCUUGAUUUCUCCAAAUCAAUCAGGCUUUGUCAAAGAUAGAAGUAUAUCAGAAAACAUUAUGUUAGCUCAAGAAAUUAUCCAUCAAAUUAAGAAACCUACUAUUGGAAGUAAUGUCGUGAUUAAGCUUGACAUGGAAAAAGCUUACGAUAGGGUUUCUUGGUCUUAUAUUUGUUUAAUCUUGAGAAAAAUGGGCUUUAAGGAGAUUUUCAUUGACAUUAUUUGGAGAAUUAUGGCCAACAAUUGGUACUCUAUCAUUCUUAAUGGUAGAAGAUAUGGUUUUUUCCAAUCAACUAGAGGUCUUAAACAAGGUGAUCCAUUAUCCCCAGCCCUAUUUAUUUCAGGUGCUGAGGUGUUAUCUAGAUCAUUAAACAGACUCCAUCAACAUCCUCUAUACCAUGGAUUCUAUAUGGAAAUGAGAGGACCUCAAAUUAACCACUUGAGUUUUGCGGAUGACAUCAUAAUCUUCACUUCUGGGAGAAAGGAUUCUCUCAAACUCAUCAUGCAGACAUUGGCUACAUAUGAAAGGAUCUCUGGUCAACUGAUCAACAAAGCCAAGAGUCACUUUCUACUCCAUCCUAAUGCCUUCAAAACUACUUGUGAUAGAAUCAAAAGAUACACUGGAUUUCAUCAAAAAGAAGCUCCUAUUACUUAUCUUGGUUGUCCACUCUUUAUUGAAAGGCCCAAACUUACUUAUUUUUCUGAUCUCAUCAAUAAGAUUGUGAAUAGAAUCACUGGCUGGCAAUCUAAGAUGCUAAGUUAUGGGGGCAAAGCCACCUUAAUUAAGCAUGUCCUACAAUCCAUGCCUAUUGAUAUUCUAUCGGCCAUUUCCCCCCUUUCUACUACACUCAAAAAGAUCCAAAGUAUAGGAUCACUGGCGCAAUUCACUACUACUAGCCAUAGAUUUGACAAUGAAACCAUCGCUGACUUUACGACAAACGGGCAGUGGAAUGUGGACAAACUGAAUCAAUUUGCUCCUCAGAACCAUCUACACAAGAUUCUGUCAACUACCCUACAACUUCAGCAUACCAGUUCUGACCAGGCUGUUUGGAAUCUCAACGCAAAUGGCCUCUUUACUAUCUCUUCUGCCUGGGAUAUCAUUCGAGAAAAGAGAACAAAAACCAAGUUUAAUUCCUACACUUGGAAUCGAAACAUCCCUUUCAAAUGCUCAUUCUUGUUAUGGAGAACAAUAAGGGGUAAAAUUCCUACCAAUGAGAAGCUGGUCAGCUUUGGCAUUGAACCAAGUGAGUGUUAUUGUUGUCAUUCUCCAGGUGCUGAUACAAUUGAUCACAUUUUUAAUUCAGGGAACUUGGCAAAUAAUGUAUGGAAAUUUUUUGCCAUCCCCUUGGGUAUACCCACUGAUUUUCUGCCUUUGAGAAGCAUGAUCAUGAGGUGGUGGAGUAUCCCUCAUCAUAAUGAAGCCCACAAAAGUAUUCUUCAAGCCACUCCAAUCUUUAUUUGUUGGAAUUUGUGGAAAAAUCAGUGUGCAAAGAAAUAUGGAGGUAAACAAUCAAAUAUUGCAAGGGUCAAACAUCUUGUAAUCUUGGACACCUUCAAGCUGCUGCACACUGUUUUUCCAUACAUUUCUUGGCCUUUGAACUGGAGCAGCUUGUGCAAACUGCUGGAAAAUUGCAUCCACAACAGCAAGGUUACUGCAGUCCAGUGGAUUAAACCACCAGAAAAAUGGGUUAAAUUGAACACCGAUGGGAGUGCAUUGAAUAACCCAGGCAGCAUAGGAGCGGGUGGUGUUCUCAGAAAUCACAUGGGAGAACUCCUCCUUGCUUUCUCAGUCCCAUUAGGCGAAGGCACCAACAAUCAGGCUGAAGUCGAGGCGGCAUUAUUUGGCUUAACUUGGUGUGCUCAAUUGAAUUACAACAAGGUUAUCCUGGAAGUUGACUCCCAACUUCUUGUGGACUAUUUUUUGAACAAACAAAUAAGUCCUUGGUCCAUUUCUUCGCAGAUGCAAAGGCUGCAACAACUCUCCUCCAAUUUCCCUCAAAUUAAGUGUAUCCAUACACUUCGAGAGGCCAACUUUGUAGCGGACACACUCUCCAAACACAGUCAUCAGCUGACCAGUCCAAUGAUUUAUUUCAACACUCAACAGCUCCCCAAGACAGCAGCAGCAUACCUUCAACAAGACAUGGCAGGCAUGGCAAGUUUCAGAAGAAGGAAGUUGAAGAGAAUUAAAGAACCUCCUUAA